ACAGAACCCUGUCCUCUUCUGCAGCUGAUGCAUCCCAGCCACCUCCUACCAUCUGCUUGGUCACAAUCAAGGGACGCAGGUGCAGCAGAGGCUGCAUGAGCCAUUAAGAGUUAAGAAGAAAGAAGAGAUCAGGCAGCUAUGGGUAGAAUACGCAGACCUCCUCCUGGGCAGCACAGGCAUUGUGAGAGAUGCUUCAACCGCCACUGCCACAUUCCUGUGGAGCCCAGCGUCUCCUGCCCGGUUAUCAACUGCCGCUUGCUCUGUGGGGCUAGCUUCCACAUGUGCAAAGAGGCCGAGCACGAGCUUCUCUGCCCGUUAGAGCAGGUUCCAUGCCUCAACUCUGAAUAUGGCUGCCCCCUUUCCAUGUCACGCCACAAGCUGGCCAAGCACCUGCAGGUGUGCCCCGCCAGUGUGGUCUGCUGCUCCAUGGAGUGGAACCGCUGGCCAAAUGUGGAUUCUGAAACAACCCUUCAUGAAAAUAUCAUGAAAGAGACCCCCAGUGAGGAGUGUCUGGACACAGCCCUGGCCCUCCAGGACCAGAAGGUUCUCUUCAGAUCCUUGAAAAUGGUAGAACUUUUCCCAGAAACUAGAGAGGCCACUGAGGAGGCAUCAGCUGUGAAUGGCGAAGCCAGUUGGGAGGAAAUGGGAGGAGCGGUGGGUGGAGUGGAUGCCGGUUUGGCACCACACGGCUGUCUAUCAGCAACUAAUGGGGAGACGGCAGAGUUGAGUCAAGAAGAACGAGAAGCACUAGCCAAAACCAAGGAAGGCAUGGACCUGGCCAAGUUCGACAAGUGGGAAAAUAUGUUCAGCAAAGAGCAUGCAGCCUCUGCUUUAACAAAUCCGUCAGCAAGCUGUGGGGGCAAGGGCGGCAAUGGCCCAGGGAAAGACCAGAUUCCCAGUGGCAACAACAUGGUAAAGGGAGAGGGUGCGGCCAAAGACGAAGAAUCACAGGAGAACCAGCGGCAGCGCGACUUUCCUGCGACUGUGGAAACGACAGGGCUCGCUCCUUGGCAGGACGGUGUCCUGGAAAGACUGAAAACAGCGGUGGAUGCAAAGGACUAUAACAUGUAUCUAGUGCACAAUGGACGGAUGCUUAUUCACUUUGGUCAGAUGCCUGCUUGUACGCCUAGGGAGAAAGAUUUUGUUUAUGGUAACCUUGAGGCUCAGGAAGUUAAGACGGUUUACACCUUCAAAGUUCCUGUGAGCUACUGUGGAAAACGGGCUCGCAUUGGAGAUGCCAUGUUGAGUUGUAGGCCAAGUGAACACAAGGCAGUCGACACUUCCGAUUUGGGGAUCACUGUGGAGGACCUGCCAAAAUCAGAUCUCAUCAAGACCACUCUCCAGUGUGCUUUAGAAAGAGAGCUCAAAGGUCACGUCAUCUCUGAAUCCCGGAGCAUUGAUGGGCUCUUCAUGGAUUUUGCCACACAGACGUACAGUUUUGAGCCAGAACAGUUUUCCUCUGGCACAGUGCUGGCUGACCUCCUAACCACUGCCAAGCCGGGGGGACUCCACGUGGAACUCCACAGCGAGUGUGUAACCAGGAGACACAAUAAGAGCAGCUCUGCCUUUACGUUCACUUGCAACAAAUUCUUCAGAAGGGAUGAAUUCCCCCUGCACUUCAAGAAUGUCCACACAGACAUUCAGUCAUGUCUCAAUGGUUGGUUCCAGCAUCGGUGCCCCCUGGCUUACUUAGGAUGUACAUUCAUUCAAAACCAUUUCCGUCCCCCGGGGCAAAAAGCAAAAGUGAUCUAUAGUCAGGAGCUCAAGACCUUUGCCAUCAAGCCGGAGGUUGCUCCAGAACUGAGUGAGGGAAGGAAGAACAACCAUCAUACAGGCCAUGGAGGAAAAAGCCAAAAUUCUCUAACCAGCCUGCCCCUGGAAGUUCUGCAAUACAUUGCUGGGUUCUUAGACAGCAUCAGCCUGUCCCAGCUCUCCCAAGUGUCUGUGCUAAUGAGGAAUAUCUGUGCCACCUUGUUACAAGAGCGAGGAAUGGUCCUCUUACAGUGGAAGAAGAAGAGGUAUUCCCAUGGAGGUACCUCCUGGAAAGUUCACAGAGAGAUCUGGCAGUUCAGCAGCCUCUUCUCCAAAAUCAAAAGCUGGGAGUUUAAUGAAGUCACCUCCAUGUCCGAGCACCUGAAAGCCUGCCCUUUCAACAUAGUAGAGCACAAGACUGACCCUGUGCUUUUGGCCAACAUGUGUCAGCCUCAGGAGCAGCCCCGAGAGAGCUUAGUCUCCACUUUUAGAGCCAGACCACGAGGAAGACACACCUCUUAGAGAUUCAGACUCAACCAUUCUUGCAUUUCUCCUCAAAGUUAAUGAGAGUAAGACAGAGUGUGGUUUUGAAGAUGUCCCCCUGUAAACUUCCCAUGAGCACAAUGCGACAAGUUUCCAAAACUGUAACUUGUACUAGAGUGACAUACUGACUGUUUAUUUCCUUUUUUUCUUUUCAAAAAUACAUCAAUUUGGGAAGAAGAUAAGUAAUUGAGACCAUUUAGAAGAUGAACCCAUGUCCUUGGGAGAAUGAAGAGCAAUAAAAUUCCAUAACCAGCACAGGCCUGUGCUUUUACACAGGGCUUUUUUGUUUACAAAGUACUUAGAAAUUCAUCAGGCAGGCAAUGCAGGGACAAAGACCGAAGUACAGAGUUACCUCCUAGGGCACCCAGGGUGAAGGGUGCACAGCCUGCAGAUUCUGGAGCUGAGUCUGUCUUGACAAUCCAGUCCAGGGCAUUUUCAGUUGCACCUCUGCCUCUAAACCCAGGUAGGUUCAACACAGUCUGAGAUAAAGCCCUCUGGCUGAGGACAGCAGCCUUAAGGAUACUACAGGCCAAAGGAUGAGGAACAAGAACAAGUUUGUUGUAUAGAAUAUGGAAUAUACAAGGGACCAGCAGUUGGCAAAAUGGCUAUGUUGCUGGACUCCCAUGUGUUGACCAUGGUUCGAGUGCCGGACCUGGUGGCUUAAACUCACACUGGGUGUGU